AGCAGUCGUUGAAGUGUGAUGUGCUCUCUCUCCCCUCUCUCGCUCUUCUCCGGGAGGGGGUGAGGUAAUCGUAACAAAGAUGGCGGCUUCCAACUCGAGUAUAUCAGGUGAAUUCGAAGAAAAGAAGGAAGAUGAGUUCAACGAAUUUUACACUGAAGUUAAGGAAAUUGAGAAACGUGAUGCUGUACUCACACCAAAGCAACAAAUUGAGAGACUCCUGCGUCCUGGAUCAUCGUAUUUUAACUUGAAUCCAUUCGAAGUACUUCACAUUGAUCCUACUACAACGAUUGAAGAAGUGAAGAAGAAAUAUCGUCGAAUGUCAAUUUUGGUGCAUCCCGACAAAAAUCAAGAUGAUGCAGAAAGAGCUCAACAGGCUUUCGAAAUUGUUAAUAAAGCCUGGAAAACUCUGGAAAACGAAGAAUCACGGGCUAAGUGCAUGGAUGUUAUCGAAGAGGCGAAAGCACGGACAGAUCACAUGAUAGCCGAGAAGAAGAAAAAAUUGAAAAAAGAAGGAAAAGAGGGUGCAGCUGUUCCCGUACUUGAGGAAGAGAGUGAAGAAGGUUACAGCCAUGCUGUAUGGGUGAUGACAAUGAAAUUAUUCGCAGAUAUGGAACGUAGAAGACGGGAAUUAGCAAUGAGAGAUGCGGAACAGCGCAAACGUAAGCGUGAAGAGGAACUCAGUGCCGAGGCGCAAGCAGCAAUGGAAAAAGAGUGGCAGAAAAAUUUCGAAGAAUCUCGACAAUCGCGUGUUGACAGUUGGAAAGCAUUUCAAUCGGGUUCAGGUGCAACUAAACAGAAAAAAACGAAAAAACUAAAGGCCUUCAGGCCACCAAAAACGAAAGCUGAAUCACGAUAAUGAAUCAUGAGUACUGAAUAACCCUUUGGUCUGCGGCCAAUUAUAAUUUCUUCGAUUGAAAUUAAAAAUAGUUACUGUGUGACUGCAGUGAUUGAUCAAUUUGAUAAUUGAAUACAUUUUCUUUCUCAUAAAACUCUUGAUGUACAGGGACAUGCAAUUGAGGCUAUUGCUGUCAAAUUUAAUCAAUCAAAAUGAGGAGUCAAUGGGUAUAUGCUCAAAUAUCAUUCGCCAUAAUCUCAAUUAUGUAGUUUUGAUGUGAAUAAAUUUAUUUGUACACUCAAGGACACUUAUCAAUGCUGUUAAUGAGACAUUAUGUGGUAUGAGGCCGUAAUUUUCAUAAUUCAAUCAUCAAAACUUGUAGUGCGUGAAAAACGAAAUGUUUUGAGUGUGAAGAGAGCGUAAAUUAAUGUAAUGUAUGAAUGAAUACGGAAACAAAUGGUAUACAUGGUUAGUAUUUGAAUGGAAACGUUUAGAUACUUCCUCACAACUGGAAAAAAAAUUGCAAUCGAAUUGUCAUGGAGUCAAAUUAUUAACUAUUUACAAACGAAUUCUCAUAUUUCCCUGUCUGUGUGUUUUAUUUCAAGGAUGCAUCGUCCAUACAUGCAUAGUAUCAUUGUGUAAUAACUGGUGAUUUAUGGAAAUACGAGGUAAAAAUAUUUUUCUAAAAAUAAUGACAAUUCAUGAUUUUCGGUGCGUAAUAUACUGACAUCAUUGUAAAUUAUUAAAAUCGAGGAGACACGUUGAUCAGCCUGGGGAUCAGAAAAGCGAACAAUGAAGCAAAUGAAAUUAGAUUUUUUAGUCUAUUAGUCAGUCUAGAUAAAUAAGUGUACUUCUUGUUUUUCGAAUGCAGUUUAAUUCUGGUAAUCGUUGAUUUUCUAAUUUCAUUCAAAUUCAGCAAUAUAAAUAAAUUUAAGUAAAUGAUUA